GUUGCGUAUCCCGUUCAGACGCCCUGGAGAGGUCAACGUGGCACACAAACUACCUGUUGUAAUAAACAUGGGACAGAGAGUGGUGAUGAGGCCAGUCUCAGCCUUACCUUCCAGUUUCUGCAGGAACGUGGCCAGAGUGUGCACGUCCUCCAGUCUUCUCUGUGGAUCUAUGCCCGCGCCUCUGGGGACCCACACCGUGACUCCCGCCUCCCAGCCAGAGUCUUCCUUUCCGCAGAUGGUGGGGUGUCUGCUACUAACCGCACCCUGGUGAUAGAAAAGAUGCUAGAGGUCCAGGAGAGCAACUGGCACACCUUCCCAAUCACACACACCUUGCAGGCCUUCCUGGACGGUGGCCAACACCAGCUAAGACUGGAAGUCAGCUGCGAUGAGGAUGGGAAGAACCUUUGCUCCCUAGAUGGCUCUGCCGACACACCGUACCAGCCCUUCCUGGUAGCCCAGGUUCGUCUCCGUGACGAUCACUCCAAACAUUUACCCAGGAAGCGCUCGUUGCGUUGUGGUGACGAUGUCACCGUGUGCUGUAAAAGAGACUUCUACAUCAGGUUCAAGGAUAUCCAGUGGGAUGAGUGGAUAAUUGCACCCGAAGGCUACCACAUGAACUACUGCAUGGGCCAGUGUCCCCAACACCUGUCUGGUUCCCCAGGGAUAGCGUCCUCAUUCCAUGCCACCGUGUUCAGCCAGCUGAAAAUCAACGGCAUCAACACAGCUACAUCUUCUUGUUGUGUUCCCACUGAGCGCCGGCCACUUUCCAUGGUCUACUUCAAUUCUCAGCACAGUAUUGUCAAAACGGACGUCACUGACAUGAUAGUGGAGUCCUGUGGAUGUACAUAGUGACAGAGCAUGAAAGACAUGUUAUAGUUAACAGAGAUUUGCUUUGCAUAUUGUAGACAGACAGGCUUAAAGAAAGAUACGAACACACAAACAGAGGAGAUGUGUCUAUCUUUGGACAACCAACAAUUAAAGCACGCUAUACUUUUCCACACACAACACAGUAAGUCAUUUUGACACAACAUCUGAAUCUGGCUACAAAAUAUUUUCCUCAUUUAAUAUAAAUCAUAUGUAGUUUAUUUAUUUUGUAUUGCACAAUUGCAACUGGGAUUCAGUUCAAAGAUGCAGUAAAAUGUUUUACAGGUCUCAGGAAACUGUGAGCAGAAGUGACACCACUUUUAACUUCCAAAACACAUUAGCUAUGUUUUCAGGCAAUGUGUCUGCAUCCAAUAUAAAUGACCUAAGAACGUUAUUAUACUGAACUAUUAUAUU